CUAAAGAAUAUUUCAUAAGAAAUAUUCACUCAAAGUUCGACCUCAUCCAAGGUACUUCCUGCUUUUGAGGUACCUCUCUAUUUUGUAAGCUCCACCGGCCGCAAACUCACGUUUUCACUCAAGUGUAAGAAAAUAUGCAAAAAGACGAAGAAAAACUGAAAGUGGAAACGAAUUUGGGCAAAAAAGCAACACACGUCUACGUGCCAAGCAAAAGAAAACCCGAGAAUCAACCGUAGAGAAAGCCGAGAAAAAUCUGUCAAAGUGCAUGACAGUUCAUAUGGGAACAUUCUACGCCAGACGCUCGACCGGAUCAGAACGGAGCACCCAAAACGGAGAAGUUAUAGAUUCAUUAUUUAAUGAAUUAGUAAUAAUGCUGCUAAUUCUGAAGUGGAGACUAUUUUGGCUGCUGCUGGCGUUGGGUUUAAGCCUGACGCUUGGAGCCAGUUUGGAGAAUAAAAGCCAUGCCGAAGUCCAGCAAUUGAUUGCUUGCCAACAGCCCAAAGCUCCGGGCCUUUGUCGUGGACGUCAGCUGCGUUAUGCCUACAACAAGGAGACGGGCAACUGUGAGAGCUUCUACUACACGGGCUGUGCCUCUACGGAGAACAACUUCCUUACCUUCGAAGAGUGUCGAAGAGACUGCAUGCAACGCUUGCGUUACUGAAGCCAGGAAAGACGAAACACCCUUGCUUUUUUCUUAAUAUAUUUAUUGCUAUAAGAAA